AUGCUCCUCGACUUGAUUGCGGUCGUGCUCGGCCCCUCCGCGGACGUGAUCAUCAUCAGGGCCCAAGAGUUCCGUCCGCGCGGUUCUCGAGUCCACAGAAAGAUUCUCGCCAGCCCAGCUGCAUUCCCGGCGCGCCAGCGUUCAUCUGAUCAUCACGAUGAGAGUGGGACAGCUCGCUUUGCGCAGAAAGCGGUCGACACCUUGUUCCUUGUCUGGCACUGUUUACCCGUCGUUCGGUCUCGGAGUCGGAGCAGCGCAAAAUUCGACCCGCGCGCUGGAGGGCUGCGCCGUCGACCUGCCGCGGCGCUGCGCCUCACCCCCACUAGAUUGGCGGCGUCUGACCACGGCGAGAACCAAGACCAAUAUAGCCACGGUUCCCCGAAAGGCACUGCGGGAGAGCGCAAAACCGAGGCGGCCCGUAAAGUCCGUCCGACCGCUGCUGAAUGGCACAAAAGACGGGAUGCAGCGGGUCCCGAAUUUACGAUGGCCACGUAUGCCCCCGCCUUGCCAGCGUCGCAAACGUCGUCGCAUCGUUUCAAUGGAGUCAUACCCAUAGCCAUCCCCAUCCCCAUCCCCAUCCCCAUACCGACAUCGGGACGCAGGCGCAGGCCCGUGCUCGCGCUCUGGCCUCGCCGUCUGGAUGCCCCAGCCGUCACGCGCACACGCGCCACUCCGCGUCCGCGGAAAAUAUCCGAUUCCGGUGUGCAAAAAAACACCCCCCGCUCGUACGCGCGCCAGGACAGAGGGGCGAGGCAUGCCGUCGCCGCGCGCCUCGAGGUCAGCACGCGCGGGCGCGCUCAUACCCAGGCGACACGGAACGAUGAGCAAGGACGAGAUCUCGGCUCAUACUUGCUCCUCCCAAGACCGUUACAGACCUCCCCCGGCGACACUCGGGCUGUCGGGUGUCGCAACCCGCACUCGCUCCCAGGAUCGCAUUCAUCCUCGAUGGGCGACAGAGACUACCCAGAGCCCGCGCCCACGCAGCCGGUCCCCGCGGAUCGCCACGCCGCCUACCAGGGCUCGUUCUCCGGCUCGACGGACGUCGCGGACCUGAUCAAGUACACGCUGCACGCGCAGGAUCCCGCGGACACAUUUCGCGAGCUCUACCGAAAGAUCGACGGGAUGGUCGACGAGACGCAGCGCGGCCUGCUCGCGGCGCUCGAGCGCGCGGGGCUCGUGCAGGAGAGGUACCGCGCGGCGGCGGCGAACACGGUGCUGCGGCGCUGCGCGCGGUGCCAGAAUUUUUAUUACGAGAAGGACAACGGGAAGACGGCGUGCCAGAUGAAGCAUGCGCCGUACACGGUGCAUACGCUGAGGGACGGGCGUCAGCUUUUUGAGUAUCGGUGCUGUGGGCGGUGGAAGGAGGAGCCGAUACCGACGGAUAAGAAGUGUCCCCAUGGCAGACAUACGACGCAGCCACAGGCCGGAGGGGCGCAGGGCUCGAGGGCAGUAGCGAAGGCUGAGCGGCGGGGUUAG